GGUGCGAGGGGAGGAGGGCUGGCACCGGAGCGCCGCGGCGUCGGUGCAAUAAAAAUGCAUCGCAUGGAACUGCCCGUGGAGAAGGACGGGACGGAGCCGGGGCAGCCAGAAGAGGUGGGAAAAGCGGAGGAGGACGCCCAGGAGGAGGCGGCGGCGGCCGGGAAGUGAAAGGUCUCGCAAAGUUCAGCGGCGGCUGCGGGCGCCGAGCCCCGGGCUAGCGGCAGACGAGCCCGCAGGGCCGCUCCGCGGGGCAGCGCAGCCAGGCCGGCUAUGGUCCCGGGGCUCCCGCCGCCCCCCAGGUGCCCGGGACCCGCCAGGCCGGUGCGCGAGGGUCACCCCACCUCCCCGCGCGGUCCCGGCCCCUGGCUCCCAGCUGCCGGCGAUCGCUGACCGAGCCCGGCGCCCCAGGAGAAGGAAGAAACCAGGGCCCCGGUCCCUCCCGAGGACGGCGGCGCUUCAUCCCGCAGCCCAGAGGUCUCGGCUCCCUCCGGCACCCGCCCGGCCCGGCUGCUCCCGGCUCCUCCCGGCCAUGGGGAGCUGCGCGCGGCUGCUGCUGCUCUGGGGCUGCACGGUGGUGGCCGCAGGACUGAGUGGAGUAGCUGGAGUGAGUUCCCGCUGUGAAAAAGCCUGCAACCCUCGGAUGGGAAAUUUGGCUUUGGGGCGAAAACUCUGGGCAGACACCACCUGCGGUCAGAAUGCUACCGAACUGUACUGCUUCUACAGUGAGAACACGGAUCUGACUUGUCGGCAGCCCAAAUGUGACAAGUGCAAUGCUGCCCAUCCUCACCUGGCUCACCUGCCAUCUGCCAUGGCAGACUCAUCCUUCCGGUUUCCUCGCACAUGGUGGCAGUCUGCGGAGGAUGUGCACAGAGAAAAGAUCCAGUUAGACCUGGAAGCUGAAUUCUACUUCACUCACCUAAUUGUGAUGUUCAAGUCCCCCAGGCCUGCUGCCAUGGUGCUGGACCGCUCCCAGGACUUUGGGAAAACAUGGAAGCCUUAUAAGUACUUUGCGACUAACUGCUCCGCUACAUUUGGCCUGGAAGAUGAUGUUGUCAAGAAGGGCGCUAUUUGUACUUCUAAAUACUCCAGUCCUUUUCCAUGCACUGGAGGAGAGGUUAUUUUCAAAGCUUUGUCACCACCAUACGAUACAGAGAACCCUUACAGUGCCAAAGUUCAGGAGCAGCUGAAGAUCACCAACCUUCGCGUGCAGCUGCUGAAACGACAGUCUUGUCCCUGCCAGAGAAAUGACCUGAACGAAGAGCCUCAACAUUUUACACACUAUGCAAUCUAUGAUUUCAUUGUCAAGGGCAGCUGCUUCUGCAAUGGCCACGCUGAUCAAUGCAUACCUGUUCAUGGCUUCAGGCCUGUCAAGGCCCCCGGAACAUUCCACAUGGUCCAUGGGAAGUGUAUGUGUAAGCACAACACAGCAGGCAGCCACUGCCAGAACUGUGCCCCGUUAUACAAUGACCGGCCAUGGGAGGCAGCUGAUGGCAAAACGGGGGCUCCCAACGAGUGCAGAACCUGCAAGUGUAAUGGGCAUGCUGAUACCUGUCACUUCGACGUUAAUAUGUGGGAGGCAUCAGGGAAUCGUAGUGGUGGCGUCUGUGAUGACUGUCAGCACAACACAGAAGGACAGCAUUGCCAGAGGUGCAAGCCAGGCUUCUAUCGUGACCUGCGGAGACCCUUCUCAGCUCCAGAUGCUUGCAAACCGUGUUCCUGCCAUCCAGUAGGAUCAGCUGUCAUUCCUGCCAACUCAGUGACCUUCUGCGACCCCAGCAAUGGUGACUGCCCUUGCAAGCCUGGGGUGGCAGGGCGACAUUGUGACAGGUGCAUGGUGGGAUACUGGGGCUUCGGAGACUAUGGCUGUCGACCAUGUGACUGUGCGGGGAGCUGUGACCCUAUCACCGGAGACUGCAUCAGCAGCCACACAGACAUAGACUGGUAUCAUGAAGUUCCUGACUUCCGUCCCGUGCACAAUAAGAGCGAACCAGCCUGGGAGUGGGAGGAUGCGCAGGGGUUUUCUGCACUUCUACACUCAGGUAAAUGCGAAUGUAAGGAACAGACAUUAGGAAAUGCCAAGGCAUUCUGUGGAAUGAAAUAUUCAUAUGUGCUAAAAAUAAAGAUUUUAUCAGCUCAUGAUAAAGGUACUCAUGUUGAGGUCAAUGUGAAGAUUAAAAAGGUCUUAAAAUCUACCAAACUGAAGAUUUUCCGAGGAAAGCGAACAUUAUAUCCAGAAUCAUGGACGGACAGAGGAUGCACUUGUCCAAUCCUCAAUCCUGGUUUGGAAUACCUUGUAGCAGGACAUGAGGAUAUAAGAACAGGCAAACUAAUUGUGAAUAUGAAAAGCUUUGUCCAGCACUGGAAACCUUCUCUUGGAAGAAAAGUCAUGGAUAUUUUAAAAAGAGAGUGCAAGUAGCAUUAAGAUGGAUAGCACAUAAUGGCACUUGUCUAUGUACAAAACACAAACUUUAGAGCAAGAAGACCUCAGACAGGAAACUGGAAUUUUUUAAAGUGCCGAAACAUAUAGAAAUGUUUGAAUGCAUGGGUCUUAUCUAACUUAUCUCUUCUGGACCCAUGUUUAAAUACAGUUUUAUUUCAUGAAGAGAAAUGAAAACCCCUACACUGAUAUCUGUUUUCUAUGGGACUGAUUCUGAAAUUCUUAACUAUUAAGAAUAUUUUAAUAGCAGCAUGACAUUUAGCAGUAAUCCAUUAAGGGCAGUACCUCUAACAAGGACGCCUUCCAGCUUCAGCUAUGUUACUUACGUUUGAUGCUACUUAAAGUAAUGAAUGACGUUUUAAGGAAUCCUUAACCCUACUAUCAGAAAAGGUGUUUGUUUGUUAAAAAAAGAGCCUUCUCUUGUGUGUUAUGCAUGAACUUUGGUCUGUAGGUGUUAAAUGGAACCUCUCCAUGUGUAUAUAGUAUUUCCUUGUAUAAAGCACUUUACUACCUACCACUUGUGUUGUGAACGUUUGGUGACUGCUGUUGAAAGAAGGAAAAGGGUGUGUGAGAAAGCCUACUGAAGCAGCAGCACUGCCACUACAUGUGGACAAAAGUGACCAUAUAAAAGAAGUUGUGCUAUUUAACUCUGAAUACUUGGAGAAACUAGGUGAAGAUGCAACCAGAAAGGAGAAUAUGUAUGCGUGAAGUCUCAGCUUUGAGCUGGAGGCUAGAUUCCAAGAUGACAGCCAUGAUGAAACUUUUUAAAAAACUAAACCAGAAGAGACUUUAAAAUAAGAGAAAGAAAUCAUAAAUGUAGACAUAUGCUUGGCUAAAGGGGAAAUGGACUUUAAAUUUUAAAGAGCUCAUUUGCAAUGCACUUGUAUACACUUCAAAAAUUACCGUAGACACAGAAUUUGUUAUAUUUUUGUGCUUAGUAUUUAAACCUGAACAUUGAAACAGUUUUCCUCCUUGUCUUUCUUAACAGUAAUAGUCAUUAUAUUUACCUGUUUUUUAACACAAUGUAUGUGAUAGUCAAAAAAAUCACAGUUUUUCAUUAUUAUUCGUCUUCUGUACCCAUGCAUAACCACUAUACAUAGUUUCUUUUGUACUUGAAUAUACAAAACAUGAACACAGUGCCAUAUGAAUAAUUUCACAUACAGAACCUUUUUUUCUCUGAAGUCCUGUGGACUUGCAAAAAUAUAUAUAUAUUGCUUUGUUAAUUUGUUUUUAUAUUUCAUAUAUGUAAUAAAGGAAUAUGAUCUCCUGA